GGUCUUCAAUAAUUUAAUUAGUGUCCUUAAGAGUUUUGCUUGCCCUAUUUUAAAGAUCAAAACCCUUCUGAAUUAGUUUUUUCUUCUUCUGUCCUUUCACUGACAGAUUUUAGUCUGCAGCUUUGAUUUGACAACACUCUGAUGUCUGCAGUGGUGGCCCAGUGCCACUACAGCUUUGGUUUGCAGAGGGGCGUGGCCAAUAACCUGUUCUACUUUGAUGAGCAGACUGUCAUCUUCCCAUCCGGGAACAACUGUGUUCGUUAUAACAUUGAUCAGAAAUGGCAGAGGUUCAUCCCAGGUUUGGAGAGGAGUCAGGGAAUGUAUGCCCUGGCCAUCAGCUCAAACCGCCGCUACCUGGCGGUGUCGGAGCGUGGAGAGAGGGCCACCAUUACGGUGUACGACCUGCAGCACGAGCAGAGCCGGAAGAGGAAGGUGCUGAAUGGAGGGGACAUCCAUGUCCAGGAGUUUGUCUCCAUGGCCUUCUCCACCGACUCCAAGUACUUCAUUGGCCAAUCAGGAGCGCCAGACUACACCCUCUUCUACUGGAUGUGGGAGAAGCAGAAGGUCAUGGCCAUGGUGAAGACCACUGUGGCCACUAAUCCAGUCAACCAGGUCAGCUUGAACCCAUACGACAACACCCAGAUCUGUGUGAGUGGGAAUGGGGUCUUCAAGCUGUUCCGCUAUGCAGAGGGGGUUCUGAAGCAGUCCACCUCCCAUAAGCAAGAGACCCAUAACUUCCUAUCCCAUGCCUGGAUGUCUGAGGAGAGGGUGAUUGCAGGGACAGAAGCUGGGAGGCUGAUGGUGUUUGAGUCUGGAGACCUCCGAUGGGACAUGAGUGUGACCACCAAGACCACCAUGUCACAGGACCCAGACAGUACAAAUAAAAUGUUUUACAGUGCAGAGGGAAAUGAUGAAGAGACCCCUCGGUUGCCACGGGUUACGGUCAUCACAGCUUACUCGAAAGGCUUUGCCUGCUCGGCCGGUCCUGGGACUGUGUAUCUGUUUGAGAGAACCGAUGACAAGGACAACUACAGGAAGACCAGGGAGAUCAGGAUCCCCCCAGACCAGUGCAGUCAUGAGCCCAGCCAUGCAGAGCAGCAGCAGAUCGUCUCUCUGGUCAUCAGUCCAUCAGAGGAGACAGUAGUGACCAGCACAGAUCGUGGUCAGCUCUACAGUAUCACCCUGUCCUCUGCUGAGAUGAGCAAGGGGGAGCAGGUCCAGUUUGAGUUCCUGUCCCACUCUUUCCACUCUGGGCCUAUCACCGGCCUGUCCGUCUGCAUCCGCAAGCCCAUCAUCGCCACCUGCUCCCUGGACCAGUCUGUACGCAUUUGGAACGUUGAGACCAACACCCUCGAGCUGUAUAAGGAGUUCCAGGAGGAGGCGUUCAGCAUCGCCCUCCACCCGUUUGGCCUGUUUGUCAUGGUGGGCUUCUCUGACAAGCUGCGACUCAUGAACCUGCUCAUAGACGACGUCAGGACCUUCAAGGAGUUCACCGUGCGAGCCUGUCGAGAGUGUGCCUUCAGUCACGGAGGACACCUGUUUGCUGCGGUCAAUGGAAACAUCAUCCACAUCUACUCCACCACCACGUUCGAGAACGUCCUCAACCUCAAAGGACACAAUGGGAAGGUGCGCUCCAUAGCCUGGAGUGGUGAUGACAGCAGGCUGGUGUCGUGUGGUAUGGAGGGGGCUGUGUACGAGUGGAACACCCUGACCAGCAAGCGGGAGUCGGAGAGCAUCCUCAAGUCCUGCAGCUACACCAGCGUCACCAUCUCCCCUGACGCCAAGACGAUCUUCGCCGUGGGGACUGACUGUACCCUGAAAGAGAUCCAGGCCUGUCAAAUCCUACGUGAAGUGCCCGCUGAAGAUGUGGCUUACACCACCAUCACUAUGUCCCGUUCUGGGCGGACGCUCUUCACUGGGACCUCCAUCGGAACCAUCAGGGCCAUCAAGUACCCCCUGUCCACCCAGAAGGACUGGAUCGAGUACCAGGCCCACUCUUCACCUGUCACCAAGAUGGUGAUCACUUUUGAUGACCAGUACCUACUGACGGUUUCUGAGGAUGGCUGUCUGCUCAUCUGGAAGGUCAUAGACAAGGAGGGCCGCGGCCUGAAGAGAGACAAGGAGAUCACCUACGCUGAGGAGAUCCUCAUCACCAAGUCAGAGCUGGAGGAGAAGAACCAGGUGAUGUUAGAGCUGAAGACACGUGUGGAGGAGCUGAAGAUGGAGAAUGAGUACCAGCUCCGUCUGAAGGACAUGAACUACAAUGAAAAGACCAAGGAGCUGUCAACUACGUUUGUUCGGCAGAUGGAGUCGCUCAAGACCAACAUACAGAUCCUGAAGACGGAGAGAGACAAUAUGGAGGUAGCUAAUCAGGAGACCAUGUCCGAGGUCAUGGAGAAACACUCCAAAGAGCUGCAGGAUAUGGAAUCGGCCAACAGUCAGAAGCUGAUGCUGGAAUAUGAGAAGUACCAGGAGCUGCAGUUCAAGUCUCAGCAGAUGCAGCAGGACUACGAAAAGCAGCUGCAGCAGAUGGACGAGAGCAAGACUGCUGCCCUGGAGGAGCUCACCCUCUACUACGAGGGAAAGAUGCAGGAGAAACUACUGGUGCUGGAGCAGUGCCAGGAGGAGUCUCGUAUCCAGGCGAGGGAGUUUGAGGAGAGCAGGAAGCAGAUGGAGGAGGAUGGAGACAGGGAGAUCCAGGACAUCAGAGUCCGCUACGAGAGGUGGCUGAGGGACGAGAGGGAGACCAACAUGCGCAUGAAGAGAGACACCGGCAUCAUGAAGAAGAAGUUCAGCAGCCUCCAGAAGGAUAUAGACAACAGCAACGUGGAGAUGGAGAGGAUGAAGUUGGAGCAACAGAAGCUACAGGCCAUCGUCAAGUCCUUGGAAAAGGACAUCCUGGCUCUGAAGAAAGCGAUCCAGGAGAGGGACGAGACCAUCCAAGACAAGGAGAAACGCAUCUAUGAUCUGAAGAAGAAGAACCAGGAGCUGGAGAAGUUUAAAUUUGUCCUGGACUACAAGAUCAAAGAGCUGAAGAAACAAAUAGAGCCCAGGGAGAAUGAUAUCAAGGAGAUGAAGGAGCAGAUCCACGAGAUGGAGGAGGAGCUGGAUACCUUCCACAAGAAAAACACUCAGGGGGAGCUGGACAUCGCUGAGCUGAAGCUCAAACUCAACACCACUGACAAGGAAAUGCACAAGGGCCUGCAGAAGGUGAGAGAUGUGGAGGCCCUGGUACGCAGGUUCAAGACGGACCUCCAUAACUGUGUGGGGUUCAUCCAAGAGCCCAAGAGGCUGAAGGAGAGCAUCAGAGACUUGUACGACCGCUAUGCACAGCAGAGUGACGUGCUGGAUAAAGUUAGUGUGGACCCAAACGUCCAGAGGGAGUACGCUAGGCAAAGGGACCACCUGGAGAGGAACGUGGCGUCCCUGAAGAGGAAGCUGGCCCAAGACAGCGUGGUCCACCAUGCUGACAACAUCAAAAUCAUGCAGGAGAACGUGACUCUGAUCAGUGAGGUCAACGACCUGCGGCGGCAGCUGCAUCUGGUGCGCUCCCAGGUCCAUGACGACAAGAGUCUGAUGGGAAAGAAGGGCCUGAAGCAGACCAACACACUCAAAGCCCUGCUGUCUCCCAGGGCCAACCCCAGUAACAUGGUGGUCCGUCUGAAUGAGGAGGACGAAGGGGACCGCAUCAUCCAGCUGCAGCGCCUAGAGAUCCAGAGACUGAGAGAGGAGAUACAGGUCCUGAUGAAGAUACACCCCUACAGACCCCCCUCCACCGCCAAGCUACCCUCCCUCCAAACCAACACAUAA